AUGGACGGAGCUUCCGAGUAUAGUCCACGCACGGUGGAGGAGGUUUUCAGAGAUUUUAAUGGUCGUAGGAAUGGCAUGAUCAAGGCUUUAACCACCGAUGUUCAUGAGUUCUACCAACUUUGCGAUCCCGAUAAGGAGAACCUGUGCCUUUAUGCUGCACCUGAUGAGCACUGGGAAGUGACUUUACCAGCUGAAGAAGUUCCCCCGGAGCUCCCAGAGCCUGUCUUGGGCAUCAACUUUGCCCGAGACGGGAUGCUGGAGAAGGAUUGGUUGUCUCUUAUUGCUGCCCACAGUGAUGCUUGGCUUACUGGAGUUGCUUUCUUUUUCGGAGCCAGGUUUGGGUUUGACAAGGCUGAUAGGAAGCGCCUUUUCAAUAUGAUGAAUGAUCAACCAUCAGUUUUUGAGGUUGUGACUGGUGCUACUGCUAAGAAACAAUCAAAGGUGAAAUCCUCUGUCUCCAACAGUAGCAGCAACAGAUCCAAAUCAAACUCCAAGUUCCCCAAGGUAGAGCCCAAGGCAGAGCCCAAGAUUGAGCCCAAGGAUGAGCCCAAGGGAGAGCCCAAGGUAGAGCCCAAGGCAGAGCCCAAGGAGGAAGAGGAGGAAUAUGAAGAGGAGAAUGAUGAUGAGCAAGGAGAAACAGAGUGUGGGGCAUGUGGUGAGUACUAUGAAGCUGAUGAGUUCUGGAUCUGCUGUGACAUCUGUGAGACUUGGUUCCAUGGGAAGUGUGUGAAGAUAACACCAGCCAAGGCUGAGCACAUCAAGCAGUAUAAGUGCCCAUCUUGCAGCUGCAGCAACAAGAGGGGCCGGUCCUAAAUUUCAUUCUGUGUAUUUGCCUUUGCAUAUGAUGAACAGCCUAACUGUUUGGUUAGAUUUUUAUUUGUUGUUUAAGACCUCAUCUGAUUUGGUUAUCUUGGGCCUCAAGU